AUGGCACUCUGGGGCACACUGCGUCAUCGUAUAAGCGGCUCUGUGCCCACAGAUUCGAGCGAGUUUGUAAAAGAAUUCUUUGACAAGACGCCUGUGGAUCCACACUGGAAGCUAAGCGCCAUACAAAAGGAAACUGAGCAAUUCAUUACCACGCAGGUGGCCGAUCGUCGUGGUAUCGCACUCAUCACGUCUGGCGCCACGAUCGUCCCGCUAGACCCCGAGAACGAUACGUUCGUGGAUGCCGCGCCGCAGGUACAGGAGCAACAAGGUCCCGCCUGCGCCGAGUAUCUGCUACAGCUGGGCUACGCUGUUAUCUUUGUGCAUCGAGAGGAUUCACUGCGGCCGUUUACGCGCCAUUUUCAAAAGUACAUACAGGACGGCGCCUUCAUGGAUAUGUUCCGCUUGGAGGACAUUGGGUUAGUUCUCUCUGGCGUCGAUAUUCCGCAGCAGUUGCAGUUCCAAAAAAUUGUGAAGCUCUACACUGAGUGCAGCACUCGUGUGCUUCAUCUGAGCUUCACUUCCGUGCAACAAUACUUAAUGCUGACGCGGCUUGCAGCGAAAGCCAUGGAAGUUGUCAAAGAUCGUGGUAUCGUUGUGUUGGCUGCCACUCUUAUGGACUUCUACGUUCCUAUGGACCCUUCUGCCACAGCAACCGAAUCCUUGGAUGAUACAGAUGGUACAUCGGCGUCGUCAUCGGUGUCAUCCUCUUCGUCCAAACACAGCAAAAUCAAGCAUAUAAAAAAGUUUGCCAAGAAUGUUGCCAAGAAGAAAAGUGAGGAGUUCUCCGUCAACUUUGUGCGAGUCCCUAACAUAAUUCGAAAUAUUCGCAAGGACUGGUGCCCCAAGGCUUUCCUGGUUACUUGCAAACACCAGCUUGCAAGUGGCGAGGCAAUUGAGGCUGCACAUGGUGAUUUGGAGAAGUGGGGUGUCGACGUGAUUGCAGGAUAUCACCAUUCGCGCGAAAUUUUACUGAUCACAGAGCAGGAGGAAGCCAUUGUGACUUGUCCCGACGACGAAGACAUCAACGACGCGUUUGCAUCUGCUAUUGUAGACAUGCACCGCAGCUUCCGCCGAAAACGUGAGAUUUUGUCUCGUGGCAAGCAGUUACUGUUGCUUUCAGCAAAAUUUUCAAUGCUCAAGGAGAACGACGUCGUGAACGAGGAUGCCGACGGAAACAAGAAUGUACAGUUUGGGCUAGGUGUCAAGAUCCGUGCUGAUCGCCGAGCGCCAGAUGCUAUCGCCCCUGUCUACGAGUUGAAACACAUUAUCCAGAACCAAAGUCGUUGUGCUCGAGCCCACGUCUGGGAAGGAGAGGUACAACAUCCCUGUGGCGAGUCAACACACGACGUGGUGGUGGCCUUUAGCCCCGCAGGUAACCCGGAAACAAUCCGUGAUGUUUGGGGAGACUUCUGGUCGGGGUGGGCUGAUGACGAGCUGCAGGAGUUUAAGACGGCAAUGAAGGGCAUAUCGUUUUCGUCGGCUAUCAACCUUGUAACCUCAUCGGUCUCAGGCGACUAUGAACCUGCCUCACAGCUAUUGAAGUACAUAUGGAGUAAAAUUGGAAAUGCCUGGUCGGACGGCGAGAAGACGCGCAUUCGGCAGAGCAUACAAAACAUGAUGGCUGUGGCAUUGGACCGUGGACUUACAGAACCUGCUGGUAUUUCAAUUUUGGAAAAGCUCAUGCGCAAACCACGAAAACAGCGCUUUGACUCGUUAGUGCUGGAUCAGCCGACAGCAGUGCCAGUGCACGCACAGACGCACACCCGACGCCGCGAUCGAGACAGCGACACGGACAGUACUGGGUCUGAAGAAACUAACCCUGUGCGACUGAGCAAGGCUCGUAUCGUCCGUGUACACCGCGCUAUAAACGAUUACAUGCAGGACAUGAUCAAGGAAGGGCUACUCGUUACUAUUUUGAAGUACGUCGAGCAAGGCAUACCUGUGCACGUUACUGGAUACAGCAUGGGAGGGAUGCUUGGUCAGAUUAUGAUGUUGUAUUUGGGCGAUCAUGCGCGGAUGAAUGGCUGGGACGCAAGCAAGAUUAAUUUCGUAGGCUUUGGCUGUCCCCGUGUGGGUGACAUUGGUUUUGCUGCUCGGCUGCGCGUACUCUUCGACCCGCAGCAAUUGUUAAUCAUUAUGCACCCAUCCGACACAGUGCAUGCCUUUCCGCCCACAGCUGAGGGAUACGCGGACGCUUGCAUCAAGAUCUUUCUCCGCGAGCACGGGAUGGGUGUUGGUCGACGCACACCGGGGCAUUUCUCGCUUCUUCCUGUCACAAAAUCUAUCGAUCGCGCUUUCGAGCAUGCACACAAGGCCCGCGCACACGACAAGACAAACAAACCUGCGUGCUCGUUUUGUCAAAACAAGUCACAUGUUGCAGCUCAGCACAGGUGUCGCUACUGUAUCGAACGUGGAUCGCACCGUGGUGCUGACUGCCCAAACCGCAACAAACCAUGCCGAUUGUGCGGCAAUGGCAAUCAUUGCACGGGCGGACACAAGUGCCGCGUUUGCCAGCAGUACGGUCACCGUGGACGUGAGUGUCACGCGCAACGCGAUGUGGGUUUUGCUGAGUUGCUCACCUAUUUUCGCUACCAUCACUUCCUGUACUACAACGCGAAUCUCAAAAAGUCUGUUGAGUUUACGUCGUGA